UGUGCUGGAAGAGCUGCUGGAACAAUGUCUAUAUACCAGUUGUGUACCUGACCUGGUUGUGCAUUGACUGUUGAUGUCAGAACUGAUGUCAGACUACUCUAGACUUGUCUGUUGCCUUGCCCCUGACUUUGUUGCUUAUGAACUGCUUGGCUUCUGACCCUGGACUGCUCUGCCCUUGCUUUGUGCCUGAUUCUUUUGUUGUGGGAAACUCUGGACUCUGACUUUGGGCUGAUCCUGAAUACUGUCCCUGUGCUGCCUUCACUUGGGUUUCUGCUAGAAGUUACUUGCCUCUUUCGGAGCCUGGUGAGAACAGGAUACUUAUCAGGAAAAAAAAUGCUGCCCUGAUAGAAUUGAGAAUAAUAAGAGCGGCUCCACCCAAUGCAUUUUCAGAUGACAACCCAGCUGAUCUUCAAGCUUCUGAUUCUGAGUUUAAGGGCACCAGAAGAACUUCUACUGCUUCCCUCCUUUGGAAAGGUCAACCUUCUUGGCAUUUGGAAGAGAUAACACUGGAUUGGACUACAGAUGCAGAGACUAUAGCAGACAGGAAGUGAUUAUGGCAAAAACUGGCUGUGACUACCAUCAACAAAGCUUUGGCUUAUUCAGUUACUACAACAGGAGAACCUAAUGCAGGACAGUAAUUCUGAGUGAAGGACCUUGCAAGCGCUACUAAGUGGUUAUCAUGGGCUUAAUUGCAUUUCUGAAGACCCAGUUCAUAGUUCACCUCCUGAUUGGGUUUGUCUUCGUUGUGAGUGGGUUCAUCAUUAACUUCAUCCAGUUAUGCACACUAAUCCUCUGGCCUAUAAACAAGCAGUUUUAUCGACGAGUGAACUGCCGCCUUUCAUAUUCAUUGUGGAGCCAGUUAGUGAUGCUACUGGAAUGGUGGUCUGGUACAGAAUGCACUUUAUUCUCAGACCAGGCCACAGUUGAUAAGUUUGGAAAAGAACAUGUCGUCAUCAUCCUGAACCACAACUUUGAAAUAGACUUUCUGUGUGGCUGGACCAUGACAGAACGCUUUGGUGUGUUGGGGAGUUCAAAAGUUCUUGCCAAGAAAGAACUGCUGUAUGUGCCCCUAAUUGGCUGGACAUGGUACUUCCUGGAGAUUGUUUUCUGCAAAAGGAAAUGGGAAGAAGAUAGAGACACAGUUGUUGAAGGGCUAAAACGAUUGUCUGAUUAUCCAGAGUAUAUGUGGUUUCUUUUGUACUGUGAAGGAACUCGUUUUACAGAGACCAAGCAUCGUAUCAGCAUGGAGGUGGCAGAAUCCAAGGGAUUGCCUAAACUCAAAUAUCACCUGUUGCCCAGAACCAAAGGUUUCACUACUGCUGUCCAGUGUCUCAGGGGAACAGUUUCAGCAGUGUAUGAUGUAACAUUAAACUUCAGAGGAAACAAGAACCCAUCCUUAUUAGGAAUCCUUUAUGGGAAGAAAUAUGAAGCUGAUAUGUGUGUCAGGAGGUUUCCACUAGAAGAUAUCCCUUUGGAUGAAAAGGAAGCAGCAAAGUGGCUUCAUAAACUUUACCAGGAAAAGGAUGCUUUACAAGAGAAGUAUAAUCAAGAGGGUACAUUUCCUGGGCAGCAAUUCAAACCCCCGAGAAGGCCAUGGACUCUCCUCAACUUUCUCUUCUGGGCCACCAUUCUCCUGUCCCCUCUUUUCAAAUUUGGUUUUGGAAUUUUUGCAAGUGGAUCUCCUCUUCUGAUUCUUGCAUUCCUGGGCUUUGUUGGAGCAGCUUCCUUUGGAGUUCGUAGACUGAUCGGUGUAACAGAAAUAGAAAAAGGCUCCAGCUAUGGCAUCCAAGAAUUCAAGAAAAAGAAAUAAUUUUACAGACACAGUUCUGAACAUAUAACAAGACAAUGGUAUCAGAUUAACUUCAUUGAAGAAAAGAUACUUAGUAAACUUACUUUUUUUUCUUAUUAACUGAUAACUAAUAAUACUUGAGCCAAGACUGAAGAAAUUGGAAGAUUCAAGAGAAAGAGGAAACAAUUGACUACUUGCCUGCCUAAGGAUUCCUGUAUUCAUAGUUCUGGAAGGAAAAUCUGGGCUAACCAUUUUUUUUGUUGCUUUGUUGUGGGUGGGAGGGGAAGCUGAAGGAUGGAGCUACAUGCAUCUUCAGACAACUGGUUUGUCUUUCAAGAGUACAACACUUAUAAGAGGAGCUACUGAAUGUUUCUCCUUGCUAAAACUAAUUUAAUAUUUUCUUAUUCUUAGCAUCUUUUUAAAAAACAAACAAGGCAGCAUGCAUUGCAGCAAAACACAAUCUUCAGUUCAUUUACAGCCAUUCUUCAGGGAGGAAGCCAUUUGGAAAAGCUACUUCAUUCUUGCAGACAUUUUAUUUUUAGUUUCUUACUUAUUAAUUUAUAUAAGACAAUGGCAUUUUAGUGGCAGCAGUACCUUACUGAUGAGCACAUCCUUUCAACAAGACACUAGAAUUAAUGCAAUUCCAGUUUUCCCUCCCCCCAGCCAUCACCACACGCAAACACAUUUCUUUCCUCCUAUGCUGCCCCCAUUAAAACUGGAAUAUGCUUAGCUUCGUUUCCUAUAUAGAUCUGGACUUGCUAUUUCUUUUGUUUUCUUUUUUAAAGACUAUAUGAUGAACCUGACCGUUUGACCUGUGUGGCUAUGGCUGCUCAAUGACUUGGUCUUGGCUGUUUAAAACAUCUGUUCUUAAAUCUCCUGCAUGGUUUGUUUUAAAAAAUGGCAUAAAUCAGCACAGAAGCCUGGAAAAGAUCUUGUAUUAAAAAACUAUUAAAAGUAGGAGAAAUGCGAGGACUGUACUGUACCUCUGCAGCCGUAAGCACACUUCCUUUGAAGAAGUUCUACUGAUUUCAGCUGAAAGUGUUUUCUAAGUAAAUGUGGUCAGGGCUGGGAGGUCAGUUUGCCUCUGUUAUCAUAGGAUAUUACUAAGUAAACCAGCAAUCAUUGAAGCUUUUAAAAAAAGAGUCUUUAACAUCUCAGCAUCUGAUGGUUCAGACUUUUCUGCUGCAUAUUAAUAGCUACCAAUAUGGUGUCUACCAUCUCUGGCUCCAAAAACACCAAUGGGAACUACAUAUGAACAGUCUUAACCUGGUGGCUACCUUCAGUCACAAUGCACAGUGGCUGCUUCCAUGCAGAAAGCCUUUAUUUGUUUGACAUAGCCUUUUAAGCCAACCAGUUUUAGAGUGGCAUGGUAUUUCUAGACUUACUUUGUCUAAUAGAUGUUGUGGGUGAAUGAUGGGGCACAAAGAGGCUGCGUUCCUUCAGAAACUGUUUUGUGUAUGGCAGUGGCAUAUAUCUUCCAGUGUUGGGACCAAAUUUUGCCGUAAGCUCCGCACUAAAAACAAUCUGAAUUAAACUCUAUAAAUGGAAUUCAAAGCAGAAUUAGACCCUACUACUCCUUAUGAUGAAAUAUUAACACACAUUCUUAUCUGAGAAUUUGAUUAUUAAUUUUAAUGGAUUAUUAAAUGGCUGGGUUUGUUCUCUUUCUCAUAGCCAAGGGUAAGCAUUUAAUAUUUUACUUUCAAAAUGCAACUAUUGACAUUUUUUUAUUCCCCACUUGCAAGAGUUCAUUUUAAGAACAUUUUGAAUACCUUUGUUUGGAACUCUCCACUCUGAAGCUUGGAAAAAAUCUUUGUGGAAAUUGCUUAUCUUUGCUUUCUCAUGCAUGUGACUGUUUGGGGAUUUCUAAAUGAAAGGUUUUUGAAGUUGUCUUGUGGGACCAUGAUCAAAAUAAGUGAUAUACAAGCAUAUAGAGAAUGGCAUGCAGGAGAACAGUGCAUGCAGCUAGAACUUUGCUUGUUGUUCUGCAGUACCAGUUCCAAUUGCUGAAGAGAUAAGUCAUUUUACAAAUGGAAUGGUUGCUUGCUUCUUCAGCAGCAAAAGCUCUAACUGCAUUUGUUCCUUUCCUGUAUGUAUAUACCAGUACUGUUACGUCACAGCUCACAGAAUCCAUGCAUUUUGCUACAUCUCUCCUCUAGCAUAACACUGCACUGUCAGUCCCGGAAUCGGUUAGCUAGGCUUCCUACCCUGACUGUAAGGGCAGACAACUCUUAUUAACUUCAUUGGAAGUUGAACUUGUGCUUCUUGGGGAGAAUCCAGCCAUGACUGUAUUUUUUACUCAGUAAAUAUAUUCUGCUGUUUGUUUUUAAACUGUUAGACAACUAAACAGAGAACUUUUCCUCUGCUUUCUAGAGGACUGAAACAGGCAGGGUUGUUUUUAAAAAGUACUUGGUAAAUAACUUCCUUGUUGCAAAGGGUUUUUUUUCCUCCUUUUAACAGAUGCUGUAUAAUUGCUUUCUGAAGACGAUGUUGAAUAUAUUUUAAUUGCACUUAAUGACAAAAACAAAGUAGGAAGUCCUCUGGCUGUGUGUUACAAAUAGAUGUGAGCAAGAAGUUCUGUAUUGGUAGACUCCAGAAAUUUUAACAGAAUUAAGGGGGGGAGGGGGAGGGUCAUGCAGAUAGAGGUUGCAAGGAAGAUAAGAAUGAGUAUAUAUGUUUUCAAAUAGGGGUUCAGUCUCUACCUAGUGCAGAUAGCUCCUGCUAAAAGGUACCGGGAGUAGUACAUGUACAUUGUGGGGAGAAAAAGCAGAUGUUUUUUCUUCUGUUUUGUUUUCAUAUCAUGACAUAUCGAUCAUAUUUUGUUUUUGAAGACAUAGUAAAGAAUAUACAUUAAUUUGUUUGCAAUUCUAGAAAGACAUAUCAGUUCUGAAAACUGAAGUGUACAACAUUGCACAAUAUAGUACAUGACAGCUCAUCUUUUUGGCUUGAACUUUUGGUUUGCCUCUUCAAAUAGUUUUUUUAAUAUAUAAAUAUGCAGAGUAUGUGUGAAAGAAUAUUUCUGGAAAUAGCAGUAAGUGUGUCACAUAAAGAAUAUCAAGUGGUUUGGAUUGGAACAGUGAGCAUAGAUUUUAUACCUUACACUAUUUUCUUCUGGUUUAAUAGAACAUAGCUUGUAUAUUUCACUACCAAGCCCUUUGAGAGCAAUAAUAAACAAAAUUAUACCAUGAA